UAAGGGGGUUGUCUUUUGUUCACGUCAUCGUGAGACUAGCUCACGGGUCGUGGAAAAUCGCCGACAGAUAAAACCUAAUUUUAUCCACCGUUAAGUUAUUGUCUUUUUAAAUUCUUUAUGACAUCUAAGUCCCGGAUCCACGGAAGAGCCUCGCGGAUGCCAUCAGCAGAGGCAGCGUGUGAUGGGCUGAAGGUCUGUCAACAGGCCCAGGCUCAGCUUGAAGAUGCCAUAGUUGGUGUGGUGAAGGCUGAGCAGCAGCUAAAGGAGAACGCCCGUGAGGUGCGCUCAGAGUUGCAGAGCUGCGUGAGUCGUCAGCAGGAGGCACUGCGCUGCAGAGAGGUGUGGCUGCUCAGUCAGAUUGAGCUGCUGGAACAAGUGAAGACAGAGACGCUGCAGCAGCAGUUGCACCAGCUGCACCGGCUGCAAGGUCAGUUUGACAUCAUUGCAUAUCAGCUGCAGAACAACAACAAGAGCAACGACCUGAGCAAUCAGCUGACCAGCUGCAUGGAGAAAUUGUCCUCCAUGAGUCUGACUCCUGAGGAAACACCAGAGAUGAGUUUUCAGGCUGACAGUCGCUCUCUGAGGAACGCCAUCACCUCGUUUGGUAGCGUCACUGCACAGCAACUUGUGGAAGGUGUGCUGUCACAGAGCCAGGCAGCACAGAGGUGUCCAGUCGCUGUCAAAAAGCAGAAAUUAGAGGAUGAUGAUCUGGGGCAGUGGCUUUUGGGUAGUUGCCCAAAAAACAGUGGCCCAGUGUGCUAUCAGUCCAGUAAGAACCCUCAGGAUUGGCUGCUGUCAUGUAAGGACACCAAGGCUUCAUGUCCUGUUCUGGCUUCGGUGGAUUUCCUGCAGACCUGGGGUCAGCUCAGGGACCUGGAAUCGUGGCUUCUUAAGGACAAGAUGCCUGUGUGCAGGGAGAGGACCAGCAGCAGCUGUAGUUCUGUCUUUUCAAUUGAAAAAAUUGAUGAAUCAGAGUUCACCGACAGCUACGAAGAAGAGAUGGAUGAGGAGCUCGAUGAUUGGCUCAUCCCCUCGCCCACCGAGACCGUUGACACCGUGACUGAUGCUGAGCGGUGGCGUCAAGUGUUAAAACCAUUCAGCAAUGGCUGGUCAUCCAGUGAUUGGCUGCUGGAGCCCACCUGCCCUCCUGCAGCUACUGCUGCUGCUGACUGCUCCUCCUGCUGCCAGACAAAAACCAAGGCUGUGGAGAUUGAGAACCUGGGUCAGCUGAAGUGCCUGAAGACCCCGCCCAGUUCAACCCCCACUACCCCUGCUACACCUAUGGCCACCACAGCCCUGGAGACAUGGCUGCAGCAGGCAGUGCCAUUGCAGCAGACUUGCAGAGCCAACGAGCUUUGUUCCACAUAUGCAGAAUGUCUCUGUGAGGAGAACUGUGGCAAAGAGGCGCUGAGCCGCUGGCUCCCUCCGCAGGAGGGCCCGGACAAACAUGGGCGACAUUUGGAACAGGAGCAGAAGGUCCAGAACAUUCUUCAGACUUGGCUCCAGCCCUCCAAGAGCUCCUCUUCUCCUCAGGCCCUAACCUCGGCUCUUCCAAUCUUGGUGGCCACCAGUGAGGAGAAGGUGAGCAGGGAGAACCUCACCUCCACUUCUUCCUCACCGUUUCAGCAUGCUCUGGAUCCAGAUCGCUGGAUCCAAGGUCUUGCUCCGGGAUCAGUAAGUCAACCUCGACCCUCUGAGGAGCAGCACCAGGGGAAGAAGGAGGAGGAGGACAAGUGGUUGCUGAAGAAGCGUAGUCAGGCUCAGGAGCGUCUUGCUUUACCGAUGGUCUGUGACCUGUUCUCCUGCAUGAAAGUGGGCGGAGACAAAGACCAGUGGUUGCACAAAGCAGCAAUGCAGAUGUGAUGGUGAAGUUUUUGUUUUCUUCUGUCUCUAUUGCCAUACAAAGCACACGAUCCUGAUCGACUGACAACACCUUUUACUUCCUGUGACAUUAUCCCACCAAACUGCCUCCACUCAAAUCCGCAACGGACUGAGAGGAUGACAAGAAAACCUUUGGCUUAACCAGACAGUUUGAUCAGCUAAUAGUUAUCAGUCAGAUUAUCAGGAGCUGGUUUUAUUGUGCUUUAACCACCUUAUUGAUUAAUUAUUAAUCAAUUAUUAAUGACUAUAGCUUUUGAGUUUGUUUAAAUGAUCAGCUAAUGUUGAGAUGGAAGGGGCUAGAGUUGUGAAUGGUGGAGAGUCGUAUAUAUUUAUAAAGACCAUUUAUAAUGAUUUUAGUUCCUUUUACUUGCUGCCAUGGCAGGGUUUUAUGUAAAUUCCCAGAAUUCCUUGUGACAAACAGGAUAACGUCAUCAGCAGUGUUGGUGCGUUUUCAUUAAGUCUAUGUGUGGUUUGGGAAUGUAAGGGAGGGGCCAGGGUCAGGAUGUCACUUUUUUUCCUGCUGUGAUUCUCAACAGUAAUAAACUAUUAUGACAUCA